AUGGCCAAGUUUAGGAUAAGAGUAUCCACUGGGAAAGCCUGCGGGGCUGGCACGUGGGAUAAAGUAUCUGUCUGCAUCGUGGGGAGGCGGGGAGAGAGCCCCCUGCUGCCCCUGGACCACCUAGGCAAGGAGUUCACUGCGGGCGCUGAGGAGGACUUCGAGGUGACGCUCCCCCACGACGUGGGCCCAGUGCUGCUGCUGCACGUGCACAAGGCACCCCUUGCGCUGCCUCGCCCACUUGGACCCUUGGCCCCCGACGACGCCUGGUUCUGCCGCUGGUUCCAGCUGGAGCCACCAGGAGGCAUCCCACUCCGCUUCCCCUGCUAUCAGUGGCUGGAGGGAGCAGGGGACCUGUUGCUACGAGAAGGGGCAGCCAAGGUCUCCUGGGCGGACCACCAUUCUAUCCUCCGGCGACAACGCCAGGAGGAGCUCCAGUCCAGGCAGCGGAUGUACCGCUGGAAGACUUACAGCCCAGGUUGGCCUCACUGCCUUGACCAGGCGACUGCGAAAGACCUGGACCUCAACGUCAAGUACUCUAUAGUCAAGAACACCAAAUUCUACAUGAAAGGCAGCUCUGCUUUUGCAGAGCUAAAAAUCAAGGGACUUCUGGACCGCACAGGGCUCUGGAGGAGUCUGAGGGAGAUGAGAAGGAUGUUCAACUUCCGGAAGAGUCCAGCAGCUGAAUAUGUGUUUGAGCACUGGCAGGAUGACACCUUCUUCGCCUCCCAGUUCCUGAAUGGCCUCAACCCUGUCCUGAUCCACCGCUGUCGCAGCCUCCCAAAGAACUUCCCAGUCACCGAUGACAUGGUGGCCCCAAUACUGGGCCCUGGGACUAGUCUGCAGGCUGAGCUGGAGAAGGGCUCCCUGUUUUUGGUAGAUCACGGCAUCCUCUCCGGUGUCAGUACCAAUGUCAUCAAUGGAAAGCCUCAGUUCUCCGCAGCCCCAAUGACCCUGCUAUACCAGAGCCCAGGGAAUGGGCCUCUGCUGCCCCUUGCCAUUCAGCUCAGCCAGACCCCCGGUCCCAACAACCCCAUCUUCUUACCUACUGAUGAUAAGUGGGACUGGCUGCUGGCCAAGACCUGGGUGCGCAAUGCUGAGUUCUCUGUCCACGAGGCCCUCACACAUCUACUGCAUGCGCACCUACUGCCUGAGGUCUUCACCCUGGCCACACUGCGCCAACUGCCCUCCUGCCACCCUCUCUUCAAGUUGCUGAUUCCACACACACGGUAUACCUUGUAUAUCAACACGCUUGCCCGUGAGCUGCUCAUCGCCCCUGGCCAGGUGGUAGACAGGUCCACAGGCCUUGGCAUUGGAGGCUUCUCUGAGCUGAUACAAAGGAAUAUGGAGCAGCUGAGCUACUCUGUGCUGUGUCUGCCCGAAGAUAUCCGGGCCCGAGGAGUUGAAGACAUCCCAAACUACUACUACCGGGAUGAUGGGAUGCAGAUCUGGGGGGCAGUGGAGCGCUUCGUCUCUGAAAUUGUGGGCAUUUACUACCCAAGCGAUGCAUCUGUCCGAGAUGACCAAGAACUCCAAGCCUGGGUGAGGGAGAUAUUCUCCAAGGGCUUCCUAGACCGGGAGAGCUCAGGUGUGCCCUCCUCACUGGACACCCAGGAAGCUCUGGUGCGAUAUGUCACCAUGGUGAUAUUCACUUGUUCAGCCCAGCACUCAGCCGUCAGUGCAGGCCAGUUUGACUCCAGUGUUUGGAUGCCCAACCUGCCGCCCACUAUGCAGCUGCCUCCACCCACUUCCAAAGGCCAGGCACAGCCUGAGGGUUUCAUAGCCACCCUUCCACCAGUCAAUGCCACAUGUGAUAUCAUCAUUGCCCUCUGGUUGCUGAGUCGGGAGCCUGGAGACCAAAGGCCCCUGGGCACCUAUCCAGAUGAACACUUCACAGAAGAGGCCCCACAGAGGAGUAUUGCCGCCUUCCAGAACCACCUAACCCAGAUCUCAAGGGACAUUAAGGAGCGGAACCAGAAGUUGGCAUUGCCUUACCCCUACCUGGACCCUUCCCUCAUUGAGAACAGCGUCUCCAUCUAA